AUGGAAAAGCUUGUGGAUUUUAAUCAAUCCAAGAAUAAGACCCCAAAGAUUGUCAUUGUUGGAGCCGGAAUAUCUGGAGUGGGAGCGGCUAGAAAGCUGCUAAAACAAGGAUUGACUGAUGUACAGAUAAUUGAGGCAUCAAGCCAGCCUGGAGGACGGAUCAGAGGUUCUCUGUUUGGCAAAUCGGUCGUGGAUGAAGGAGCUCAGUACAUUCAUGGGGCGAGUAUGAAGAAUCCCAUUUUUCAACUGGCCAAAGAGUACGGCCUUCUUCAAGAAGUAUACGACAAGUCCGAUGGUAAAUGGUCAGUGUUCACCAACACUCAGAAACUGUUCGAUCAUGACUUUGUUAAGGAAAUGGAGAAUCUAACUAAUUUUCUGCAGGAGCAAACAGCCCUUCAUUCUCAAGGAAAGGGAUACGCAGAACUUAGAAGCAUUGGUCAGGUCUAUCUGGAGGAAAUAAAGAAGGUCUUCUCAAACUGGACUGACGACACUCCCAAAUUUAGGAGGCAAAAGCUUGGUUUCCUCAAUAUGAUGAAGAAGGAUCAAUGCUUAUAUUUUUCAUCGCAAAACCUAAAUGAUGUGUCUCUGCAGGAAUUUAGUGAAUAUGAACAUAUUAAUGGCGGUGACCUCAACUCUCCACGAUUAUUCCUCAAAUUAAUCUCUAAUCUGGUAGAAGAGAUCCCAAGGGAGAAGCUGCUCCUGCAGAAGCCUGUUAAACAGAUCCAGUGGAAUGGAAGUUUUGAAUCGGAAACUGGCACACUCUAUCCAGUCAGGGUAGUGUGCGAAGAUGGGGAUCACAUUCUAGCUGAUCAUGUCAUCGUGACUGUUUCAUUGGGUUAUCUGAAAGAAGUAGCAGAUGCAUUGUUCCAGCCAAGCCUCCCAGCGGACAAGUUGCAUGCAAUCAAAAACAUGGGCUUUGGUACAACAAACAAGAUUUACCUGGAGUAUGAGGUGCCCUUUUGGAACAGUUCAGAACACUGGUUUGGAUUGGUUUGGGAGGACGAAACUCCAUUUUCUGGCUUGAAACCAAAUCUAGCUGAGUGGUGGAGACGCAUUUUUGCUUAUGAUGUGCUUCAUCCAGUAGAAAGAUAUGGACAUAUCCUUUUGGGAUGGAGCUCAGGGAGAGAAGCAGAGUUUAUGGAAACACUCAGUGAAGAGGACCUAGUAUCAAACAUUACCAGGAUCCUAAGACAAUUCACUGGAAGACCCGUGCCACGGCCUAAAAAGGUUUUUGUGACAAAAUGGUUCAGUAACCCUUACACUCGGGGCUCCUACUCCCAUAUAUCCAUCAAUUCAACUGGAGACAUGAUUGACACACUGGCUGAACCUCUACCGCAGGAAGGAGAUGGUGGACAUCCGAGUGAAAUGAUGCAGAUUUUAUUUGCUGGUGAAGCAACUCAUCGGAGCCACCACAGCACCACCCAUGGAGCACUGCAGUCGGGCUGGAGGGAGGCUGAUCGACUGAUUAAUCUCUACUCCACCAGUGAGGAACAACAUCAAACAAAUAAGUAAUUUAAACGCAUCCAUGUAAUAAGAAGUAGCGACAUUUGAAACUUGAUUCAUCAAUGUAACCAAUUCAAUCAAUUUUUCACCCUUCGUUUUAAUUUCUGGCAGCUACCAGAUUGGAUAACCUGGGAGAUAGUAAGAACUGC